CAUAGCAUAUGUUGCUGGAAUGUAUAUGUUUCAUUAACAUUAACAUGUUAACAUUCAUUAACACGCUUGAUUGAUUUUUAAAUAAUUGUCUUGUAAGCCAGGGGUACCUGUGAUCCAAGUCAAAAAUAAGACCAUUUACAAGAGAAUGCACAUAUUGUAUUGAUGUGUACUUAACUGUCAGUUUUUUAAGUCCAACUUUGUUUCAGACUUAAUUUGUGACUUUUUUUCUACCUGAUUAUUUUACUCUGAAGCUGCAUAAUGAAAUAUUGGGUGAUGUAGGGUAUUGGGUGCUGUAUGAAGCAGGGUUGAGAAAUAUGUGUGUGUGUGAGUGUAUAAUAGUGGAUGAAGAAACAAGAAUGUGACCAAGAAGAUCGAAUAGUAAUGCUGCUAACUUUGAAAUCAUUUUCAUUGUGUUUGGAGAUGGCAAUGUGAAGUGUAAAUAUAUUCAUGAGUUAAUGAAAGCUGUUUAACAAAGUUGCCUAAGAAAUGGAAAGGUUAUAUGUUGAAUUCUUUUGACUACGGUGUUUUAAAAACUGGGUAAGUAUGAAUCAGCCUUAUUUUGUCAUAGUUUGGAGUGUUGUAAUUCAAGACUGAAAGGAGUUAGGUGGGCCCGUGGUAAAAUGGUAGAGCUGCUAGGGGUGGGGGCAAGGUAGGGGUGUGUGUGUGUGUGUGUGUGUGUGUGUGUCUGUACGUGUGUGUGGGUGCACACAUACUUGUGGUGCUGGUGCUUACCACUACAGUCUAUUAUUGCCAUGGGGAGUGUGGGCCAGGUUUUGCCAGCUUGUCCUUUUCUAUCCUAUUCUUAGCCAGAAAUCCAGAUUUUACAGGAAGUCUGAUUUUUAAGAUGUCGCAACUAAAAAUAUUUAAGCACCAUGGACCUAAGGAAAUGUAUCUGUUGGUCAGGUAUGGCUGCCAUCUUGUAAUUUCUGAUUUAGAUGAUGGGCUUGAGAUGUUCUUUAAAGACAUCCUUAAUUGCCUUUAGAACUCUUUUAGCAUUUAGGUUACAAAAAUUGCUGCUCACACAUUGACAGAAACCAUCUAGUUAAUUGGUCAUUGAUUUACAGUAGGACUUAUAAUUAGUAAAUGGCAGACAUGUUCAUGUCUUAAAAGUAGUAUCAGUUUCUAGUUCUGGACUCGUGGAUUAUGUAUGCCCAUUUAGGCUAAGUGUACGUACAGACUUCAGAGAGCUGUACAAAGACUGAGGCGUUGACUUAGUAUGAACUGUCAGAAAUUGGUAUUCAUAGUCCACUUUUUCUUUAGAUGUCUGGGUGAUUGCUUAUUUUAAGCAUGGUUUACACCCACUGUACUAAAGCCCUACAGGUUUGAAAUACUGCUUCCUGGAAAAGACUGCUUUAUCUAGAAAAUGACAUUUUUUUGCUCAGGGUAUAUCUGUGAAAUUCACAUUAGCUUAUAUGACACAUGAUCCUUGGAAUAUAGUAUUACUAUGAAAAAAAUUAGGUGCUCUUCUAGUCAGAGGAUAGAACAAGAGGAUGAUACAAUAUUAUAAUUUUUGGUCAGGCUUCAUGUUUCCAUGGAAUGGAAGCCAAGUCAUUACCUUGACUGACUUGUCCUUUUUGUCUUUAUUACUUCCCCACUCUCACUCCAGAUACAUAACAGCAAAAGUGCAAAUAAACUCAGGUCCAGUUUGUUCUUCCCUACCUUUCAAGUCCAGGAUACAGUUGAUUUGUUCCCAUCCCUCUCCCCCAUCAUUUUUAUUAUGAUUACAGUGCCCUAGUUAAGGGAAUCCUUACCCACUUUGGGAACAUUUCAGUAGAGGUUGAUGUGGAUGAGAGCUUAAAAAUGGAAUUGCAAGUGAAAGUAGGGACUUAAAACCUCGACCUGGAGCUCCCAGUGCUCAUAAAGUGGCAUUUCCCUGCUUCUGCCCUAGCAUCAAGAAUUCCUGGUUCUGAAUUCCCUGGCAGUCCAGUGGUUAGGACUCCGUGCUUUCACUGCUGAGGGCGAGGGUUCGAUCCCUGGUCGGGGAACUAAGUAAGAUCCCACAAGCCAUGUGGCGUGGCCAAAAAAAAAAAAAAAAAUUCCUGGUUUUGUCUUUGUUUAGACUUCAGUGUCUCCUUGACACCUACCUUGCCUAUUAUAACGCUUUAAUUUUGUCAGGUGUAGAAACCCAAGUGCAGCUAUAACAGCCAGAUUGCUGUGGAUAUACUUCAGUAUGAGAACACAUUGACUGUGUGGUGGUCAGGUCAUAGCUGAGCUUGGAUUUCAGGUGCUGGGAAGGUCCUCGUGUGGGGACCCAUGUGUAGUCUUUGCUUGUAUUAGAAGGAUGGAGGACCAAAGUCCCAGAUACCUGUCCUGUUUUCAGUUGCUCAGGUGUCCUGUGUGCAAAUUAUGAAUAUAAGACAUUGUUCAGUACUGGUUUUGAUUCGGAUUCAAGGUGAGUUUCUGCUGCUGAAUAAAAAGCGAAAUUUUGUGGUAAGGUCUUUGCUGGGCGUAUGUUGCAGGGAAGGUGUACUUAAGUGUCCUUUUAAAAAAAUUGCUUCAACCAUUAUUAAGUAAAUAUAUGACCCAGUAGUAGGUUGUUUUGAUUGUCAUUCUUUUGUGCUGGUAUACUGCUUGCCUUCUGUUUUGUUGGCAGUUACAUGAGAAAGCAGUUUUGUGAAGUAUACUACCUUGAAAACCUUAGACACUGAGUUUCCAUCAGGGAUGAUCUUUAGUCCACCAGACUAGUAGCAUGAUUGGUCUCAGGAAUGCCAUUCUUAUGUAUAGACUGAGGGCCAGGAUUUUAUGCAAAUUCAGUUUAAGGAGAUUAAAGUGAAGAAAAGAAAUUCCUUCUAAUAUCAUUUCCUUUAUUAAAUAUUUUAUCUGAUUAGGAUGAAAUAAUUGGAAGCUACUUAUAAUUUCAACAUCUCCUACCUUCUGACAUCCAAGGAAAGCACUUCUGAUCUUACUUUUCUGGAUUUUUAUACCAGUCUACUAGUUCUGUCUUUGAAAUGUAAGAGAAAAAUCCAGCUGCGUUUGUAAUCUACAAAACCAUGCCUCAGUUUUAUGUUCACUUCUUAGGUUCAGUUCAGGGCAUAAUUUCUUCCAGUCCUUCCAAAUUCUGUUAAAGUUAUCCUGUUCGUGGUCCUAUUGUUUACUACUUGAAAAUCCUGUAUUCCCUAAACCUUGGAGAAGAUGAGAAGGUUUUAAAAUUUUCUAACCAAAAGUAUCUGCCUGAGGAAACAUCCCAAUUUCAGGAUCUUCUAUUUUAUGACUUGGCCUCCUGGGAGAAUUAGAAUCUGGUCUACCAGGAAGACUCUUGUGUUUACAUUUUCUGGCCUCAGUCUCAUGGAAAAAUGAGAAACUUCUUGGCCUCUGUUCUUCUAGGAACAUAAAAUUGGAGCCAAGUAGGAUGAGAACAGAAAACAUGACGGUAAACCACCAAGUUGACCUGGUUGGAUGUCCGAGAUCUGUAAAUCUUACGGUUUGUAAUACCUAAUUCUUAGUGGCUGGUUUAAGCAGGGUGUGUGUGUGUGUGUGUGUGUGUUACAUAUAUGUGUGUGUGUGUAUUCCCUCCACCCCUUGAAUAUUCAGCCAUCUUAAGGGUUAGAUAGUGUGAUCUCCAUUUUACACAUGAAAAAACUGAAGCAGAAAGGUACCCGGGACCACACAGCUCAGUAAGGGGCCAAGUCAGGAUCCUAAAGGCAGUCUCAAACUAGAAGCUAUACUUUUGAUCACUGCAUCUGUAGAAAACAGUGUACACUGUACUGUUAUUAGAGCUAUAAAGUCCCUUUAGACUGAAGGAUACCUGUUUUGAGUGCCUAGUAGGUGCCAGCACUACCAUGUGUUUGGGGAACAGAGGGUUAAACUGUAGGACAAAGUUCCAGCUUUCAUAGGGCUUACAUUCUAAUGAGGGAGACAAACUAGCAAAUGCUGUGAAGAGAAACAGCAGGAUAAGGGGACAAAUGUGGCCUUAUAUUUUCGUUAUAGUGCUCAGGCAAGGCUGAGACUAAAGUGAGGGAGCGAGCCAUGGCCAUUAACUGGGGGCAGAAGAGCAGGGAUGAGUGCAGAGGUCUUGGAGUGGUUAUAUUAACAUGGCAUUCAAUUCAGCAGGCUUUUAUUUUAUAGGUCGUCUUCAAGCUUUCCUGAAAGAAUUGACAGCAUAUGACAGUUUAAUGCUUACUUUUUUUCCACAGGACUUUUAUCUAGUAAUCUAUCUUGAUGAAUUUGGCUUGAGAUACAUGUUUUUCUCAUUUUAUAGAAGUGAGAAUUAAGAUGUGGACUCGAGCAUAGGUAAAGGUGACUCGUUUAACGAAUCUCCAUAUUGUACCCAUCACCCAGUUUCAGCAGUUAUCACCAUUUACCACUCUUGCUUUAUCUCCACCACCCCUUCCCUUUAUUUAUUUAUUUUUUUUGCUGGAGUAUUUUAUAUUUAUCUUAAAAUUUUAAACCUUUAGAAGAGUUACCAGUAUAAGAACCAUUCAGUUAACACCUGUAUGCUUUUCACCUAGAUCACUAAUUUGCCAUAUUGGCUCUUUUUUUAUCAUUUGAGAGUUUCAGGCAUUGUUGACAUGCCUUUCUUAGGAAUAAGGACUUUCUUCCUAACCAUAGCAUGACUAUUACACUCAGAUUUGACAUCAGUACAAUACAGUUAUAGAAUGUUCAAUUUGUGUUCUAAUUUACCUUGUUAUUCCAGUGUUAUCCUUUAGUUCUUCAGUCCGUUAUUCAGUCAAGGCUCAUGUAUUUGGUUGUUGUUUAGUCUUUUUGAUCUAGAGCAGUUCUCAAGCCUUUGUCAUUAAGGACAGUGUCACUUUGAAGAGUCCAGGCCCUUUGGUCGGGAGAAUCCCUCAAUUUGAAUUUGUCUAGCUGCUUUCUCAUGAUUAGAGAUGAGGUUAAACAUUGUUGGCAGGAAUGUUACAUAGGGAUGUCAGUUUGUCCCACUGUUGGGGAUGUCAAACAAUUAUUUGGUUUAGGUGAUAUCCACCAGAUUGCUCCAUUAUAAAUGUACCUUUUUUCCUUUAGUAAUUAUUAAGUGAUUUAUGGAGUGACAAACUUGAUUGAGACUCAAUAUUCUUUUCUCCAGCAGUCUUCCACUGGAUUUAGCAUUUAUUGAUGAUUCAGAAUCAGUUAUUGCUGGAGUACUGCAGCAAAUGCAAAUGCAGAUAUAAAAUUUCUCCUAUAAAUAUUUAUCAUGUAUCUAAAAGGUAAGGGCUUAAAAAACAAAAACAAAAAACCACAGUGCCUUUAUGCUACCUCACUACAAUUCCUUAACAUGUAAUAUCCAUAUUCAGAUGCCCUGAAUUGUCUCAGUUGCUUCUCUACAGUUGAUUUGCUUGAAUCUGAAUCCAAGCAUCCACAGGUUGUAUUUACUUGAUGUUUUUGCAAGUGUUCCUGGGUAUAGCAUUCAUGUCUGCCUUUAGAGAUAAGAUUAAUUCUUGAUGGGUGUAGGUGUUGACAGCUUCAUGCAUCCAUUCUGAAGUUCCCAUCAAACUUUCUUUCACCUAAGUGUUCUAGCAUGCAUUGUAAUCAUUGCCUAGGGACAUUACUUCAUUAGGGAUUACGAAAGGUGAUUCUCAGAUUGCAUCAUUCCUUCUGUAUCGAUGAGCAGAUUUUUUUCUGACCUGUGUUUAUUUCCACUUUUUUAUGUAUACCUUCCUGGGGAGAGUUGUAAAAGGAUACAUUCUUCAUCUUUACAGAGGAUGGUUCUGGACUUCCUUAGUAAUUCUGUAAUAUGUCCUCAAUUUUCUCAUAUGUAAAUUUGGGGGUAAUUAUGCCUACCUCUUGGGGAUUUUGUGAGGAUUAAAUGGUCUGGUACAUGUAGCUUAAAAAUGGCGCCUGGCACUCAUGUUGGGGUAAGCGCUAGUUAUUAAAGUAACUUUUUCAUUUAAUUCUUCAAGUGUAAUGGAGAGGCAGAGAUGGGAGAGGUUCUUCAUGUGUUGACAUCAGCAGGAUGCUUGAAUUUGUAUAGAGUGAGCUGAGCGAAGUGCUGCUUGCCCACACCAGGCUGUCCUUUUUGACUGCAUGGAAACAACCAUAAUACACGAAGCAUAUAUCACUGCACACUGUGAAAUGGAUAUUGACAAUUGAAGAGGGUUGGUACAGUAGGCUUCACUAGACUUAGCUGCAACUCAGAAUUUCUCCUCCAGCACCUGAGUAAAUGCUGAUGGUCUUGUGGAGAGUGGAUUAAGAGUACGAGCUAAGUUCUCAAUCCCAAUUAAGAAGCGGAGGAAAAUUUAAACUGUCUCCUUCAAAGUUUAUCACAACCGCCACCAUCAAGACAGCAAACCAAAGGACAAAGACUUUGACCUGCUGUGUUGCUCUGUGUAGUCCAGUUCACGUACGGUUUACAGACUUGGCUGGGGUUACUAAUGAGUAAAUAAAAAGUUGGACACUUCUGUCAUUGGACACUUUUAUUCACAAAGUUACCAAAAUGAGGGCUGUGCUGGAGACAGCAGACAUUGCCAUAGUGGCCCUGUAUUUUAUCCUGGUCAUGGGCAUUGGUUUUUUUGCCAUGUGGAAAUCUAAUAGAAGCACUGUAAGUGGAUACUUCCUGGCGGGGCGCUCUAUGACCUGGGUAGCAAUUGGUGCCUCUCUGUUUGUGAGCAAUAUUGGGAGUGAGCACUUCAUUGGGCUGGCAGGAUCUGGAGCUGCAAGUGGAUUUGCAGUGGGCGCAUGGGAAUUCAAUGCCUUACUGCUUUUGCAACUUCUGGGAUGGGUUUUCAUCCCGAUUUACAUCCGGUCAGGGGUAUACACCAUGCCUGAAUACUUGUCCAAGCGAUUUGGUGGCCAUAGGAUUCAGGUCUAUUUUGCAGCGUUGUCUCUGAUUCUCUAUAUCUUCACCAAGCUCUCAGUGGAUCUGUAUUCGGGUGCCCUCUUUAUCCAGGAGUCUUUGGGUUGGAACCUUUAUGUGUCUGUCAUCCUCCUCAUUGGCAUGACUGCUUUGCUGACUGUCACCGGAGGCCUUGUUGCAGUGAUCUACACAGACACUCUACAGGCUCUGCUCAUGAUCGUUGGGGCACUCACACUUAUGAUUAUUAGCAUGAUGGAGAUUGGCGGGUUUGAGGAAGUUAAGAGAAGGUACAUGUUGGCCUCACCCAAUGUCACUUCCAUCUUGUUGACAUACAACCUUUCCAACACAAAUUCUUGUAAUGUCCACCCUAAGAAAGAUGCACUGAAAAUGUUGCGGAAUCCAACAGAUGAAGAUGUUCCUUGGCCUGGAUUCAUUCUUGGGCAGACCCCAGCUUCGGUGUGGUACUGGUGUGCUGACCAAGUCAUCGUGCAGAGGGUCCUAGCGGCUAAAAACAUUGCUCAUGCCAAAGGCUCUACUCUGAUGGCUGGCUUCUUGAAGCUUCUGCCAAUGUUUAUCAUAGUUGUCCCAGGAAUGAUUUCCAGGAUACUGUUUGCUGAUGAUAUAGCUUGCAUCAACCCAGAGCACUGCAUGCAAGUGUGUGGAAGCAGAGCUGGGUGCUCUAAUAUUGCGUACCCACGCCUGGUGAUGAAGCUGGUUCCUGUGGGCCUCCGGGGCUUAAUGAUGGCAGUGAUGAUUGCAGCUCUGAUGAGUGACUUGGACUCUAUCUUUAACAGUGCCAGUACCAUAUUCACCCUCGAUGUGUACAAACUCAUCCGCAAGAGUGCAAGCUCCCGGGAGCUAAUGAUUGUGGGGAGGAUAUUUGUGGCUUUUAUGGUAGUGAUCAGCAUUGCGUGGGUGCCCAUCAUCGUGGAGAUGCAAGGAGGCCAGAUGUACCUUUACAUUCAGGAGGUAGCAGAUUACCUGACGCCCCCAGUUGCAGCCCUAUUCCUUCUGGCAAUUUUCUGGAAGCGCUGCAAUGAACAAGGGGCUUUCUAUGGUGGAAUGGCUGGCUUUGUUCUUGGAGCAGUCCGUUUGACACUGGCCUUUGCCUACCGUGCCCCAGAAUGUGACCAACCUGAUAACAGGCCAGGCUUCAUCAAAGACAUCCAUUACAUGUACGUGGCCACAGCGUUGUUUUGGGUCACAGGACUCAUUACUGUAAUUGUUAGCCUUCUCACGCCACCUCCUACGAAGGAACAGAUUCGUACCACCACCUUUUGGUCUAAGAAGAGCCUGGUGGUAAAGGAGAGCUGCUCCCCAAAAGAAGAGCCGUACAAAAUGCAAGAGAAGAGCAUCCUGAGAUGCAGUGAGAAUAGUGAGGCCAUCAACCACGUCAUUCCCAAUGGGAAAUCUGAAGAUAGCAUUAAGGGCCUGCAGCCUGAAGAUGUUAAUCUGUUGGUGACCUGCAGAGAGGAGGGCAACCCAGUGGCUUCUUUAGGUCAUUCAGAGGCAGAAACACCUGUAGAUGCUUAUUCCAAUGGGCAAGCAGCUCUCAUGGGUGAGAAAGAGAGAAAGAAGGAAACAGAGGAUGGAGGCCGGUACUGGAAGUUCAUAGAUUGGUUCUGUGGCUUUAAAAGUAAGAGCCUCAGCAAGAGGAGUCUCAGAGACCUGAUGGAGGAGGAGGCUGUUUGUUUACAAAUGUUGGAAGAAACUCCACAAGUAAAACUAAUACUAAAUAUUGGACUUUUUGCUGUGUGUUCACUUGGAAUUUUCAUGUUUGUUUAUUUCUCCUUAUGAACUUUUAAGGAUAUGAUGAGACACUAACUUAAGAAAAUACUGGUCUUUGAAAAAAACAAAAAAACAAAACACUUAUGUAACUGUUGCAUCUCUCAGGCAUUGUUUACGCUGUAGGUUUUAGCCAAAUUUUACUUAGCAGAAAAAUCAUCUAUUUGCAAGACUUUAUUUUCCCAGAGAUGGAUGAAAGUAAAAUUUCAAUCUAAAUGAAGUAAAACUUGUUUAACAGACUGAAUUGUGCAAAUGUGGUUUAAAAUUUUCCAUACCAAAGUAAGGAGAGACCAAUUAUUCUCAUAGAGCACUUAGAGCAGAAUAUAUGCUAAGAUAUCACGAAUAAGAUAUACUGUCUGCACUGCCAAAUCUUGGUAGGCCUUCUUACCCUGAAGUAGAAGACUUGCUCAUUUUAAAGUUUUUUCUCUCUCUGUAAUCCCUACUUCCAUUUUAAAAAACUGAAUUUGUAGACAUUGUAUAAUCAAUUAUGUACUGAAAAUCGCUAACAUGUGCUUGUUUCAGGGCAAGUUCGUUUGCCAGGUUCGUUUUGUUAGCAUGAGCCUAUGGAUUCUGAAUGCUGAAAGAAAGGAAGAAGAAUGUUUUCCUGUAGCUAUUCUUGUACCACCAGUAUAUGGAAUGUUGGGAAAAAGUUUGUUCCAGUUGCUUUUUUCUUUUUUUCCUACUUUGAAGUUUAAGUGAACCAUACUCAAACGACCACCAAGUCUGUCUUUAUAAAGUUGUAUGUCAUGAUUGUAUUGUACAUGAUUAUGGGGGAGAAAAUGAAGUAAACAUUGCUGAUGAUCCCCAGAUUUACUGACCAAAUUAAGAUCAUUUAUAUAGUUUGGAAAUUAGCAUCCCCUAAGCAGCAUUUGAUCGACUAAGCUGAACAGGUGAUAGUCUAAUACUAAAUAUUGGACUUUUUGCCGUGUGAUCACUUGGAAUUUUCAUGUUUUCAUACUUCAUUAAUUCUCUAGCUUUGUUCUUGUCAUUUGGUAAUAUUCUUUAUUAGCCAGGUACCUUCCCAAGUGGAUCCAUUUGGAAGAUAUGUCCGGAAAUUUGAAGAAGAAUUAACUCUGCCUUUGUGCUGGGUUGCCCUACUUGAUUAGAUCGUGAGAUAUUGCAGUUGAGUUUUUAGAGUGAAAAUUUAAUUCUCAGAUCAUAUUGUAUCCUUGAUAAGUCUUUUUUCCCCGAUUUACUUUUUUUUCAAAAGACUUGCCAUGUGUACACAGCCUCUACAUUUUUGUUUAAAAAGUUAACAGUGACUUAGAGUGUGAUGAUAUUUUGAUGCAAACUGACCAUCAGUAACAGAAAACUCAAGAGUGCAUGCUUUGCCAUUGGUGGAUUGUCAGUAUAGUUUUUCUGUAGAAUGGAUAGCAUGUUCAAGAGGUGCCGUGAACAAGAACUUCUACGGGUUUCGUAGUGUGUCUUGUAGAGGAGAUUACAGGACUUGCGUUAAUUGUAGGACCCUCUAUCUUGACAUGGCUUCAUACCCAGUUACAGCCUUCCUGGAAGAGAAUCCAUUUUUCACAGAGUGAUUCCCUUCAUGAGGACAGGGUACAAAAGACGUUUGAGAAGAGCUCUACAGAUUAGGUAGUUCUUUGUGUGUCCUGUCCUUUUUCCUCCAUGACAGAUGAAGGAAACUAAUUGUGUAUCUACUUUGACUUUUCUGUAAUCUCUGAUAUUUUUUAAAUUGCAUGAUUUUAUUAACCUUUAUUCUUCAGGGGAAAAUUAUUACUUUUUUAGAUAUUUUUGUAGAUUUUGAAUCAAAACUCAGUCCUAAUGACUUUAAAUUUUUUUGUAUUUAUAAACUAGUUUCCUUAUGAUGGAUUUGAUUAGUUCAAAGUUGAUUUUAGAAAUUGUCAGGUAGCAUAAUGUCUUCCCAUCUCCAGGGGGCUUUCUGAAGGACUGAGUCUGUAGAUGAAAAAAAUAAUUCAUGUACGAAUAGUAUGAUUUCUCAGAGCUUAUUAGAGUGCCUUGUGGAAUUUUGUUCUCAAUUUCAUUCUUAAGGUUUAUAAGCUGGGGGCCAAAUAAAAAUAAGGACCAUCCUUUUCUUGUGUGGAUGCUGAGGCUGUGACAUGUCCAAGGUUACAAAGUCUGUUGGGAAGAACAGAAAACCAGGUGUCCAAAUCUGGAUUCAUGGUUUGUCCUCUUCUUUUUUCAAAGGAACUGUUCUUCCUUUGAGACAGCCUUUUGAUAUUUGGGGAAAUAACAGGAUCUUAGAUUUUUCAAAUUGACAUUAAGUUGUAGGAAUUAAAAUUUUUCUCUGACUCUGAACACCUUGCUGUGUAACUCAGCAGUGAGGACUGACAUAUUGGCUGAGCAGCCUUCUUACCCCUUCUAUUAAAAGCAUAAAUGAAUAGGUGGUAUUUAAGUGGAUUUUUCCCCCCUUUAUUUAAUGUUGACUCCUAAUAGUUUGGGAUAUUAGCAUCCCCCUACCUUCUCUCUGCUGUUGUCUUAGUAUGAUACAUAAAAUACAUCAUCUUGUGUCUAUUCAUGUGUAUAUAGCAGUAGGUCAAGUUUAGAGUACUAAUGUUUGUAAAUAAGGAAUGAUUAUUAGCAUAUCCAUUAGGAUUGUUUAUUCUUGCCAGUAUAAACAUUUUAUUUAGACUGAAGUCCCUGAAGCUUGCCCUUCUUAUUGCUUCCCAGUAAUAGAUAAUGUGCUUGAAUAAGUAUGUGAAUUCCUGAUUGCAACUUCAUUUCAGGGGACCAUUCUUCAGUCUGUAUUUCAUUAGAAUGAUUGUUCAUGGAAUGAUACAUGGUCUGUCUUAAAGCUAGCAAAAUAGUCAUACUUUACACUAACUAAAUGGGUCCUAAAUGAUGACAUUGAUACCUAGACAUUAACAUGUAUAUGUUUUCAUAUUGGCUCAAGCUGAGGUUCAGAAUUGGCUAAGAGUGAUUGAUUACAGUAGUUAGCUACGAGUCAGAAUGAAGCGAGGACACUGGUCUUCAAAGGUGGAGAAAAAUAUUGUCUUAUCUGCUGUUAAUGGUAUCUCCAGUUCUUAGAUUUUUGUCCUCUCAGGCAAUCUUAGUCUCCAGAUCUGAUGAGAAGAGCUUAUUACCCUGACAUGCAGAAUGAUUAUUGGUUCCUUUGUGGUACCUCUAAUUUCCCUGUUCAUCUCAGAAUAUUUUGUCCUCCCACCCAAGACAGUAAGCGGCUUUUGAAACAGCUGAGCCAGUCUUUUCCCCCAGCCUUUCUUUCCUGGUGAGGUUAUCACUCUUAUCUUUUGGUUAGAGAAGCAUCAAGCAGUAGCAAUGGUGCUGUGUCCUUUGGCCUAAAUCCAGCAGAUCUGAUCUCCCAAGGCUUCUUUUUCACUUGGCUCAAAGGAUCCAUUGUCUGUUUGCGCAAAGAGGCUGGCCUGGGUCACAAAGCCCUAGCUCUUGGGGAUGGCCAAGUCAAGUAAUUAGUGGGGGCCCAUCACUUCAUGAAACUUCACAUUUUAAGAAUUGAGUGGGAAGGUUGUUACUCAGGUCUCUAACCUGAGGCUAAGUGGGGGCUUGAAAGUCUUGUCCAGGGUGAUUAGAACCUUUAAGUCUCUACAUUUCUCAGUCCAUUGCUGUCUUCCCUAUAUUGGGUGUGUGGAUCUUCCCCUCUCUUUAGAUAUCAUUUAAUGUAGCUUAUGGGUUAUUCUCAUUCUUUACCACCCUAUAGAGCUGCUAUAUUAUUAGCUAUUAAAAGGUUAGACCCAUCAAUGUUCCCACUUGGCAGUAUUCAGCUUACUUGCUUUUCUUAUACUUUACUCCCAUACGUCAUUUUCAUCUGAGGUAUGAUGGUUGAAAAUGACCACAUGGGUAUCUAGUAGUGACACCUCAGCAUUUCCUGAGUUUGGGUUGAGAGAUGUAUAAAGACCAUUGUUGUUAAAUUCCGUGAGUACGGAGACUUGCCAGGACAAAAUUUUCUUAAGAAGUCAGAAACACUAUUAAGUGAGAUGCUGAGAAGUACCUGGGUGAUGCAGACUUAACAGAAGACAAAAUUAGCUUAAAAUGUGUUAGAUGUAGAAUCAUAUUCAUUGAACUCUAGAACUUGAGGUAUCUUUGCUAUCAGCUAGUUUAAACCCCUCCGCAUAUAGAUUAGGGUACAGUGAAUAAGAUCAAGCUUGUUAAACCCUGGUUUGAUGUUAAAUAUCGUAAAGUGUGAGUUUAUUAACAUAUUUGAGGUUAAAAUGACUGAUAUUUCAUAAUGAUACUUUAGUAGAAAAAAUACUUUUAGGUUUCAGUAUUCAUAAGAUUUAUCAUUAGCCAGGUGUUAAAUUGUUUAAGUCAUUUUAAUGUUGACAUUAGCCUGAGCAGACUUUACAAAUGGGAUAUAUUCCUAUUUGUGUGUAUGCCUACCUACCAUUCAGAGAGACUGGUUUCCCCCUUUGUCUUCCCUCACAUUGCUUUAAUUAUUCACCUAUUCUUUCAACACUUAACAGAUUCCUAUUUUGAUCUUUUGUCAGCUUAAUUCACUUUGUUUCAGGCUUAUUGUCAUGGUGUGCAGAAGUGCUGCUUUGCCCCAUAUUUGAAGGUCUGGAUCCAAAUAGUGAUUCACUAAAUAUAGUUGUGUUUAAAUAUACUAAAUUUCUAUUAGCUUAAACUGUUCUCAAGAAUUGUUUUCUUAGACUUUGUGUUCACUAAUAAUAAAAGCCCUUAAUAAUUCAUCAGUAUUUUAUUCUCGAAACUCAGUUUUCAAAAAUUAGGAGGCAAGAAUAGUUAAAUUCACACCAGUCCCUUUGAAAUGAUGGUGUCACAAUGUAGAGAGGAAUGGAGUUUGUUUUGAUGCCGAAAAGCCUUGUUCUUGCAGUAAUUAAAGGUAAAAAGUUGGAACUAGUCAGUUGGCAUAUAGAGAAACCCUUUUGUACUAGUUAGGUAUGAAGCUGGAUUACAAAAGAAGUAAUCUUUUGAUCACUACAUUUGGUUUUCUUGGUUGACUUAACUCAGGGCUGCAAAUCCCUUUUCCUCCAUUAAGCUAACUUCUCUUAAUUUGGUAUGCUUUUUGUCAAACUCUCACCUCUGUUGGAAGAGUAGAUAGAUACUCAACUACUUUGACUCCAGAACAGAAUUUAGCUAAGGUUCAAAAUAAUUGAUGGGCUUUGCCAGCACUGAGUCCCACACCAUUAUUCAUGUUGUCAUAUAAAUGUUUUUAUUUAAACUUCUCUCCAGUGCUGGGAAUAAGGCUUUAAACUACUGAUUCACCUUUAAAGGAAUGUUAAGAGAAUUGAUAUAAUUUAUGUUUGUUUCCAUCUCAAAUCCUUUAUAAAAGAUAGGAUUUAGCUUAUUGUUUUGGGUUAAGCACCCCAUUUAUCUGAUAACCAACAGGCUUAACCAUUGGCAUAUAGUCUUUUACUCAGAAGUAAACAGAAAAGGUUUGAUGUAUCUGUAUCAUUACUCAUCUCGUGCACUUUACUUUUUCGGGGAGAACCAUAAUCUGAGACUUGACUUAAACCAAUAACCUUAAUUUAUGUAAUGACUUUUAAAAGUUUGGUUUGGUUACCUGGAUACAUAGUGUGUUUGCAGAGAGGGAUGCUAGAAUAAAUAAGUCAAGACAAAGCACAGUGGUCUCAGAUUCUUGUUAGUGUAGGAGCAGUGCUUUGCUCUCCUCAGAGAAGCACUGUAUUAUAAUUGUUGCCUAGGAUAAUGGAGCCCCCCACCCCAGUUCAAGACAGUUUACAGUAAGUGAACUCUGUCAUUGAGGGAAAUACAUUUUCCAGUGAUUUCGGCAACAGCACAAGUUGACAGUAGGUAACCACACCUUUGUUGGAGACUUAUAUUGGAAAUUCACCUUGUACCCUAGUGCUGCUGGAUAAAGGAGUGUUUACUUUUUUUAUUGCCUCUGGACAAACUACUCUGGAUAAUUUUCCAAUAUAUCAGUGUAGCCUAUACCUCUAUAAGUGGAAUGUUCCUUAAUAACUCACUUUUUUGUUACACUAGUUGGAAACUGAAAUUAAGCUCAUUGCUAUCUAUAUUAUUGAAACCCCCAACUGGCAAAGGCCAUUCUGUAGGGUAUAUUCCAUAAUAUAAUCAUCUUCUGAAAUUUAUGUUUUGAUUAGUGCCUUCUGGCUGCCAAUACUGAAUCUGCUAGUUCACACCUUUCCCUUUCUUGAUAGAUAACUCUUAUUUGUUACAGUUCCUCUUUUUAAAUAUCGUUAUAUCUAGUGAAGAAAAUACAUUUAUAUUUACAUACUUUAUAUGCAGCCUCUGUUUAAGUUCAAGGAACCAGGUAAGUCUGGUUUGUGUUGCAGCUUAAAUGUUAUUUAUUCAUCUGAAUUUGUUUCUUUUAUAUCCUUAAUUAAAAAUUUAAGGUUACUUAUUCUGUGAGUAUAUUUUAACUUUAUCAUUUUCCAGUGUAGGUUGGAUAGGCAUAUCUGAGAACAUAUAUGUGACAACCGUUUCACAUUCCAUGAUAAGGAAAAAGCUGAAAGUAAGUGUCCAUAGAAAGCACAAAACCAUGUUCCCUCAUAUUUGUAACUCCACAUGUAGAAAGCACAAGACUAACAGUAUUCUCAUUGUCCCACAAGUGCCAGGCAUAAAAAGCCCACCAUGGGUUUGUCUCGAGUUGUCAGAAUGAGGACCGCAGUACUGAAAGCCCUAGACAGUGAGGUACCUAAGAUAGGGGUCCUAAAUCAUAAGGGAUUCAGUGUUCUAAUCUGAGUACGUUUGUACUGCUUUGGUGGAGGAGAGAAUACCAGUGUCAAGAAUUCUGCAAUUGUAUUGGGGGGUUACUAGCUAAAAUGGGGUCUGUGGGCUCUUUCCUACAAUCUGGAACUUGAGAAACAGGGACAGACUUCUAGGUUUUUGGUGGGUGGAACAUUUUGACAAACUUCUGCUUUAAGCUGUAGAGCCAUUGGAUUUUUUUUUUUUUAAAUCAUACAUCUUUAGGAAAUUUUACCUCCCGUCAAUAGUACCUUGAAAACAUGGAGAAAUCUCACAUUUUAAUAGGGCAAAUACUAAUCUUUAAUCUUUGCGUAAAUUUAAUCUAAACUUAAUGAAGUUAUUUUUUCAUAUGCUUCACUGCACUUCAUUUUAAUAGAGCAGAAUUUGAUCCAAGUGUUACGAGCAUCAAACUAACAGACAGAUCUGCCAAAUGAAGUGCUUUGCUUUUCACAAUGGUUGUAAGAGUCUAAAGGAUUCUUUUGCCUGUCUCAUUACCCGCUUCAAGACUAGAUUAGAUGAAAUCUGUGAAUAUGCAUGCAAAAGAAGAAAAUAAUGUGUUUUCUUGAACUCGACAUUAUCCUUAUUUUACUCCUCACUUUCUACACCUGAAUAGUCCCUGUUUGUAAACAAUGAAUAAAUACAUUUGUGUCUUGGAUUUUGCCUGUAUGUCAAAAGAUGGAAGGACUCUCAGGAUGGAGAGAAGUGACUAGCUUUGUUCCCACUCUCCUCUAUUUUGUAUGUUUAUCUUCUUAGGGAUAAUCAUCUUUAAUAAUAUAUGGAAUGAAGAUUAAAGCUGGUAUAGACUAAUGGAACAUGUUUUAGAAGAAUUAACCUGAGCACUUUGAGGGAGAGACUUACGCCCUCUAGCCAAAAGUCGCCAGGUUAUGGACCUGCAGCAUUUUUUAAGAAUGUAAAACCUCAGGCUUCGGUGGGGUUACUGGAGAGGAGUACCAGAAAUGCAGGAGAAAGGAGAGGUUUGAGGAACAUCUUUGGCUUAGCAAUAUGUGAUAAGGCAAAGCAGUAAUAACCUGUUAGUCCUGUGUAGAAUGUGUUCUGUACCUUUAAAUUUUGUUUUUAAAUUUAAAAUAGUUUUUAAGAACUUAAAGGAUGCUUUUGAAGAUUCCUUUGGCAGAAUAUCUUUCAUCUGUAAUUCCAUGGAAAAUUGCUUUAAUUAGUCUAGGUGAGAGUAGUCCUAGCGGUGUAAAUAUGUAUAAAUAGAAUUUUCUAAUUUCACUGUGAGAUCUCUAACUUUUGAGUGGCAAACAGAUCAACAGGUCUUUUGCUCAUGGACUUUUCUGUGGGGUUGUUAAAAUGCAAAAGCUUUAUUUUUUAAAUAAUGACGUAUUACAUUAGUGUCAGAUGAUGGUAUGGAAUCUGUUGCCCUGCUUUCCCCCACCAAUAAUGCUUCAGUUUAUAGAUUGCCAACAGAGUUCCAAAAUAAAGCGAGGAUUUACCCAUUCUUUGCUUGGACAUCCCAUUUUCUGUUGCCUGGACCUAUGUUGGCAAUCACAUAUGAACUAUGUUAUGCUUCUCAGUGCUUCUUCUUCUCCUUUUUUUUUUUGAUAAGGUGGAUAUCAAAAAUAGUUGCUGUGCAAAAGUUAGUAGUCUUCUUCAAGAAGAAAACCAAUUCCUUUUCUAAUAUCCUGUGAAAUUGCUUCAUUCAUUCCUUUAUUUUUAAGCCAAAUGUCAGCAGAGUACUGCUGCUUUUAUCUAGUAAUUUUGAUAUGUAAGUAUUAAUGCAUUUUUAAAAGAUGUCUACAUUGAAAAAUGUUUUUCCCAGUGUCCUGCCUCUUAAGCUUUGUUCAGAUGUUCUGUGAGAGACCAGUCUGUGCACUGGGGUUGUGUAUUGUAUACAUGGAUUGUUUUGUCAGUUAUGCAUUGUAGACCAAAUGUGAUUUUAAAUGAAGUUGUUGGGUUAUUGGUGAGUUUUUUGAAUUGUAAACUGAUUUCCAGGGUACCUUCAUUGUCCACAGCAUUUUCUUUUUUUUUAAGGCUUGACUGAUCAGGUCCAUCUCACUGUACAAUGUUUUAGUUGCAAGCAGAAAGUAGAAUUUGAUAUAAACCAGGUUACUUCCAUAUUGAAAGGAAUACAAUUAAAAUUGUAGAUUUAGGAUUGUUAACCAUACAUGACAAUUCUAACUUUGACUUAUUCUAACCUAUUGUAUACAAUCUUAUUUUUUAAAUUGUAGACAUGUAUGAUCUUGGUUUAAUGUGUUUUUAAAAGUGUUAACUGUUUAAAAAUGAAAAAAAUGAAGCAAAUCUGCUAAAGAGCUGUCAGUUUUCAUUACUGACUCUGUAAAAUACACUGUUCUUUGUGUACUAUGUGUUAUUUUGCCAGCUGCUGCAUUAGCCUUUAAAAGUAUUUGGAAACUUAAGAUGAACUACAUUUCUUGCAAAGUAUAUUCCUUUCUGUGGUAUUUUGUCCUGUAACUGAAGUAUAGUAAUUAUUUUAUGGAAAUGUUAGCACUUCUGUACCAACUUUGAAUAAAAUGAAAAAUUUA